AUGUAUCCUCCAAAGAUCUUGAUCCUCCUUUUUGUUCUACCUUUAACUUUUUCUUCUUCCAGACUUGCCAUGAGCAAAUCCUUUGCUUUGAAUGUUGAGCUUGGCACCAUAUGGCGAAAUAAUCCCUCGCUCCUCCACAACAUUUCUCCAGAUGAUAACUUCUCUAUGCGCAUCAUCCUCCCUAUGGAUGCGUUCACGACUUUUAUUAGUAGCUCGCAUGAUGCUAGCAUUCCUUCAUUUGCCUGCGGCUUCUUCUGUGCAGGGGCUGUGGCUACCUGUGAUGACUACAUCUUUUCCAUCUUCUUUGUCAGUGUAUAUAGCUUCAAAGAUGUAGUUUAUUUACAUUCGCCAGAGGUGGUCUGGUCUGCCAACCGUGAUCACCCAGUCAAAGAGAAUGCUAGUGUUCAACUUACUGAACUUGGGGAUUUGGUGCUCUGUGACGCUGAUGGAACACUGGUUUGGUCUACCAAUACAACGGAGAAGUCUGUUGCUGGCAUGAAUCUUACCAGCACAGGCAAUCUGGUGCUGUUAAAUCAUGCGAAUAUGGAGCUCUGGAGGUCUUUUGAUCACCCGACUGACACACUUGUCACUGGGCAGGUUCUACAAGUGGGGCAGAAGCUCAUGGCAAGCACCUCGAUGACCAACUGGGCCAGUGGAAAAAUUUAUCUCACUGUCCUUCCUGAUGGCAUGCAUGCAUUUGCAGGAACUGAUACUCCUCUAUCAUACUAUCGGAGCCCGACUGGUGGAACUGUCAUGACAAACAGGUCAGCAUACGUUGCACUCAAGAAUGGCAGCCUGGAGGUGUUCACUUCUUUCCGGGAUACAGAGGCACCGGAUUACCAGAUCAAGCUGCCCAAGGAUAACUAUGGGCUGGUGUUUGUGAGGCUAGAGUUCGAUGGGCACCUGAGGUUAUAUCAGAUGCCAAACAACAGUUGGUUGACUUCAGAUCUUUUUGAUAUAACUGAUCCUUGUGCUUAUCCUCUAGCUUGUGGCGAAUAUGGUAUUUGUUCAAAUGGACAGUGCAGCUGUCCUGAUGCUGCCAUUGGCCAAUCCGGAUUAUUUGAACUAAUUGAUCCAAGGGAGCCUAAUCGUGGCUGCUCACCAAUAGAUUCAGUAUCAUGUGAUUCGUCACAGAAGCCUAGGCUUCUUUCCCUUCCCAACAUCAAUCACUUCAACGGCGUCUACAAUUGGACAACAAGCGAAGAGCGGUGCAAAUUAUCAUGCUUGAAUAACUGUUUGUGUAAGGCUUCAUUUUUCAAGCAUUCCGAUGCCUCUACUGGUUAUUGUUUUCUGGCAUCUGACAUCUUCUCCAUGAUAAGUGUAAAAGCUGGAAGUUACCCGAGCAAUUUUAGUUCUCUGGCAUUUGUUAAAGUUAACAGAGCUACCCGCAACUUCAUGCUAACUCAAGGAAAAUUAGCCGUUGUAUUAGCCAUUGGCUCUUCAACUUUUAUUGCUAUGGUUGUUGUUGCAGUGCUUGUAGUUUUACGAAGAAACAUGGCAGAACCAUUAGAAGAUGAUGACAUUAUCGAUCAGUUACCAGGGCUACCUGCAAGAUUUUCUUUUAUGGAGUUGAAGUCAGCAACUGAAGAUUUCUCAAAAGUGAUUGGGAAAGGAGGAUCUGGUUCUGUUUUUGAAGGACAGAUUUGUGAUAAGCAGGUUGCUGUGAAAAGAUUGGAUGGCAUUAAUCAAGGGAAAAGGGAAUUUUUAGCAGAGGUUCAGACUAUUGGAAGCAUCAACCACAUAUAUUUGGUGAGGCUAAUUGGAUUUUGUGCUGAAAAGUCGCAUAGGCUUCUUGUCUAUGAAUACAUGCCAAAUGGAUCUUUGGAUAGGUGGAUUUUCCAAAGGCACCAAGAAGCACCACUUGAUUGGAAAACCAGAUUGAGGAUCAUCACUGAUGUAGCAAGGGGAUUAGCUUAUCUUCACAGUGACUGCCGGGAAACAAUCGUUCAUCUAGACAUCAAGCCACAAAAUAUCCUUUUGGAUGAGCAAUUCACUGCCAAGGUAUCUGACUUCGGUCUUGCCAAGCUAAUUGAUCGCGAGCAGGGCAGUGUCAUGACUAGAUUGAGAGGCACACCAGGUUACUUGGCUCCUGAGUGGUUGACAUCUGUGAUCAACGAAAAGGUUGAUGUGUAUAGCUUUGGCAUUGUUAUCAUGGAAAUUAUUUGCGGUAGAAGUAAUUUGGAUUAUUCACAGCCUGAAGAAAGCCGUCAUCUCAUCAGCAUGCUGCAGGACAAGGCCAAAACUGACAAGCUGUUGGACCUUAUCAAUCCGCGCUUCACUGAUAUGCAAUGUCAUUUGGAUGAAGUGUCGCGCAUGAUGAAUCUGGCAAUGUGGUGCCUGCAGGUUGACAGCCGUCGGCGGCCUUCCAUGACCGAAGCCGUCAAAUUCCUGGAUGGUGCAAUGGAUGUCGAAACCGAACUUGAUUUGGACCUGGUAAAUCUGGAACUAAUGGUGGCAAAUAGAGCGGUCCGUGGGAACUUUGCCGCAACUCUGCAGAUAGACUCCGUCCUUUCAGGACCAAGGUGA